GUCACUCACGGCGAACGGCUCGCGCGCUGCUCCUCAAGAGCUGAGUCCUGAUUUGGCUCUAGCAGAAAAGCGGGAAUCAAAGGGAGCCGGUAAGGAGGCUGCGAGCCGUCAGCCCGAAGCCCUGCUGUCAUUUCUGCUGACCAGCCUAACGGGACCUAACAUUAAAGAUGCAGUCGGGCGCCUUUUUAGUGAUGCUGGCUAUUCACGUCUACGCUGACGGCACCGAAGGGCCAACAGCUGGCUGCAAUUUUGAUGAAGACUCGAACAACAGCCUAGAUGAAUGCCAGCAGGGGAAUGAUGAUGACUUUGACUGGCACUUAGUCCGGACCUACAGCUGGCCUCAGGAAGACCCAGACCUCCUGCCUGGGUCAUUCAUGUUGGUGAACUCCUCCCAGCAUGCCGAGGGGGCGCGCGCCCGUCUCUCGCUGCGCCCGCUGAGUGAGAACGACACACACUGUGUUCAGUUCAGCUACUUCCUAUACAGCCGUGACGGCCACAGCCCCGGUGCCCUGCGCGUCUUCGUGCGUGUGAAUGGCGGUCCCCUAGGCAGCCCCGUCUGGAACGCCUCCGGCUCACAUGGCCGGCAGUGGCACCAGGUGGAGCUGGCCAUCAGCACCUUCUGGCCCAGUGACUACCAGGUUCUGUUUGAGGCCUUUGUCUCUCAGGAUAGUCGUGGCUACGUGGGCCUGGAUGACAUCUUGCUGCUGAACUACCCCUGCCACAAGGUGCCACACUUCUCCCGCCUGGGCGACGUGGAGGUGAACGCCGGUCAGAAUGCCACCUUCCAGUGUGUAGCGCUAGGCCGUGCCUCAGAGCUGGAGCAGCUCCUACUUGAGGAGCACAGUGGGCCAGUGCUGCAGGCCUCCUCGGUAUGGAAGACAAGCCACCGGCGCUCUGUUGGCAUCUUCAUGGUGGACUGGCUGGGGGGGGCGGACCAGGCAGCGGGGGGGCAGCACCUGUAUCGCUGCGUCAGCCCCUCGGCUCGGGGAGCCGCCGUCUCCAAUUUUGCCCAGCUCAUCGUGAAAGUGCCCCCCUCCCCUACCGAGCCCCCCCAGCUUCUCCGCGCUGGCCCCACCUACCUGAUCAUCCAGUUGAACACUGACACCAUGCUGGGUGAUGGCCCAGUGAUCCGCCGCCAGGUGCAGUACCGCGCCGGCCACUCCACCUGGGCCGAGAUACAUGGUGUCAGCUCUGCCACCUACAAGGUGUGGCACCUGGAACCAGACACCGAGUACCAUAUCAGCGCCCUGCUGACGCGGCCCGGCCCUGGGGGGACCGGGCCACCGGGGCCACCACUGGUCAGCCGCACCCGAUGUGCAGAGCCCAUGCGUGCUAUCCGAGAUUUGAGGGCCACCGAGAUCCAGUCCCGCCAGCUGACCUUGCAGUGGGAACCCCUGGGAUACAACCUAACCAGAUGCCACAGUUACACUGUGUCGCUGUGCUACCACUAUUCCACAACGGGGGGCGGUGGCGUGCAGAACGCCACAGUGCGUGAGUGCCUGACCGUGGAGCAGGAUGCCUCGCGGCUCACCUUGCGUGACUUGCCUCCCUUUCGGCCCGUGCAUGUGCGCCUGGCACUCGCCAACCCCGAGGGCAGCAAGGAGGGACGGGAGGUCACCUUCCAGACGGAGGAGGAUGUCCCUGGGGUCAUUGCCACAGAGUCAUUGACAUUCACCCCUUUGGAUGACAUGGUCUUCCUCAAGUGGGAGGAGCCUGUGGAGCCCAAUGGUCUUAUCAUUCAGUAUGAGAUCAGCUACCAGAGUAUUGAAUCAUCGGAUCCAGGUAUCAACGUGCCAGGCCCUCGGCGUGUCGUGUCCAAACUCCGCAAUGAGACCUACCACGUGUUCUCCAGCCUGCAGCCUGGGACCACAUACUUGGUUUCUGUACGUGCUCAAACUGCCAAGGGCUUCGGACUCACGGCACUCACCGAAAUCACCACCAACAUCUCAGCCCCGGCCUUUGACUAUGAGGAUGCACCGGCCAUGCUGGCUGAGACGGAGAGCACCGUCACUGUGCUCCUGCGGCCGGCCCAGGCCAGGGGGGCCCCCAUCAGCACCUACCAGGUUGUGGUUGAGCUGGAAGAGGAGCAGGAGGAUGAGGAAGAUGAUGAGAGCUCCAGGCAGGUGAAGAGGGAGCUGAGUAAGCAGGAGUGCUUUCCCACGUCCACCCUGACUUUGGAGGGUGGAGCCUACUGCAGCGCAGAACUGCCUCCCAGCAGCCUUCCUGAGGCUACGCCUUUUACCGUCGGUGACAACCGCACCUAUAAUGGCUGCUGGAACACUCCACUCGAUCCCAGGAGGAGUUACGCCAUCUACUUCCAGGCUAUCAGUCAUUUUAAAGGGGAGAUGCGGAUCAACUGUAUUCGUAUCGCGAGGAAAGCAGCCUGUAGGGAUCACAGGCAGGCCCUGGAGGUGUCUCAGCACUCUGAAGAGAUGGGGCUCAUCGUAGCUUCCUGUGCUGGAGGGCUGCUGCUCCUCACCUCUCUGCUGGGGCUCGUUGUCAUCCUAAUCAAGAAGUGCAGGGUAGAGGCAGCUGUCCACAAGGUCCCUAUGUGCAAACGACUGGAGAAACCACAAGACAAGGCACGGCAGAGCUCCCAGGAGAAGAAUGCCCCAGGCAUGGAGCAGAGUGCGCUGGAAAAUGGCGGGCUGCAGGAGGCCUUCUUGCAUGGACACAGCUGUGCAGCUCGCAAGGAGCAUCGCCACUCAAUGAACGAAUCCAGCAGCUUGCUGGGGCGGUCUCCACAGCAACUGGGAGCGCAUAUGGGAUCCCUGUACCCCAAGGGACAGCUGCGUCCUGCCGUGCGUGUGGCUGACCUCCUGCAGCACAUCAGCCAGAUGAAGACAGCUGAGGGCUAUGGCUUCAAGCAGGAGUAUGAGAGUUUCUUCAGCAGCAGGGAUGGCCCCACCAAAAAGGGCAAGACCACGGCUUGUCACGACAGUCUCCUGGGCUAUGACCAUCAUCGGGUCAAGCUCCACCCACUGCUGGGAGACACAGAUGGUGUCGGUGCCAACUACAUUGAUAUUCGCAUUAACAGGGAAGGGUAUCACCGUCCCAACCACUUCAUCGCUACGCAGGGCCCCAAACAGGACGCAGUCUAUGAUUUCUGGAGGACGGUGUGGGAGGAAAAUAGCUACAGCAUUGUCAUGCUGACCAAGCUGGUGGAGCUGGGCAGGGUGAAGUGCCACAAGUAUUGGCCAGAUGACAGCACUGUGUACUGUGACAUCAAGAUCACGCUGCUGAAGAUGGAGACGCUGGCGGAGUACACCGUCCGCACCUUCUGCUUGGAGCGGAGGGGCUUCUCAGCCAAGCAGGAGGUGCGGCAGUUCCAUUUCACGUCGUGGCCAGAGCAUGGUGUGCCGAUCCAUGCCACGGGGCUGCUGGCUUUCCUGCGCCGCGUGAAGGCUGACACGCCCUCUGACAGCGGACCGCUGGUGGUGCACUGCAGUGCCGGGGCCGGCCGGACAGGCUGCUACGUAGUGCUGGACGUCAUGCUGGACAUGGCUGAGUGUGAGGGCGUGGUGGACAUCUACAACUGCGUUAGGACCCUCUGCUCCCACCGCAUCAACAUGAUCCAGUCGGAGGAACAGUAUGUGUUCAUCCAUGAGGCCAUCCUGGAGGCGUGUCUUUGUGGGGAGACGGCCAUCCCAUUGGCUGAGUUUGCUGCAAGCUACACGGAGAUGCUGAGGGUGGAUCCCCAAAGUAACUCCUCCCACCUGCGAGAAGAGUUCCAGACGUUGAACUCUGUGACACCCCACUUGGAUGUGGAAGAGUGCAGCAUGGCACUGCUUCCCAGGAACCGCCAGAAGAACCGCAGCAUGGAUGUUCUGCCCCCAGACCACUCACUGGCCCUGCUCACGGCGUCCGAGGAUGACGCAACUGGCAGCAGUUAUGUAAAUGCGGCUCUAGCCAGCAGCUUCCACCGGCCUGCCGCCUUCAUCGUCACACCACAUCCGCUGGCCAACACCACUGCAGACUUCUGGAGGCUCGUUUUUGACUACGGCUGCAGCGCUGUGGUCAUGUUGAACCAGCUGAACCAGUCCAACUCUGCCUGGCCCUGUCUGCAGUACUGGCCAGAACCCGGACUACAGCACUAUGGGCCCAUGCAAGUGGAAUUCCUGUCCAGGUCAACUGACGAUGAUGUUGUCACGCGUCUCUUCCGUGUGAAGAACCUGACUCGGCUUCAGGAGGGCCAGUUGUUGGUUCGUCAGUUCCAGUUCCUGCGCUGGUCGGCCUACCGGGAAGUGCCCGAUUCCAGAAAGGCCUUCCUUGGCCUGCUGGGCUUGGUGCUGAAGUGGCAGGGAGAGGCUGGGGAAGGCCGUACUGUUGUGCACUGCCUGAAUGGCGGAGGCCGCAGUGGCACUUUCUGUACCUGCAUCAUGCUGCUGGAGAUGAUGCGCUCACACGGUAUAGUGGACAUCUUCUACGCUGUCAAAACACUGCGCAACUCCAAGCCUAACAUGGUGGAGAGCCUGGAGCAGUACCGGUUCUGUUACGAGCUGGCAUUGGAGUACUUGGCCUGCCUGGAGGCCAGGUAGCAGCCGGUCCGCAGGCCCCCCAGCUGCUGCCGGUCUAGACUUGUCCUCCUGCUGGGUUUCUGUUAACGCAGUAACCGUCCCAUAACAGCAAGUUGAAUGCAGGAGGAGCUGCAGCUGUAUGGCCAAAAGUGGUGCUGACCUCACAACACUCAGUGUGCCCCUUUUGGAUUUCAGCUUGUUUUUGAACAUUAUCUUGUGCAUUGAUUUUGCCUGGGGCUUCAUGUGUGGCAUGUUCUUGUCGAGGCCAAAGGCAUGACCUGCAGAACCUGCAGAGUUCCUACUGGGAUCAAUACCAGCAGACUGUUCAAAGGAUCACAACCUGUAGAGUGUCCACAGCGAAAACGACCUGCAGACUGUCCACAAGGAACCUGACCUAUAGACUGUCCACAGGGAACAAGACCUGCAGUGUGAUCACAGGGAUGAAGACCUGUAGAGUGUCCACAGGAUGAAGACCUGCAAUGUGUCCACAGGGAUCAAGACCUGCAGAGUGUCCACAGAUGAAGAACUGCAGAGUGUCCACAGGGAUCAAGACCCGCAGAGCUGUUUCUAGGAAUUAAAACCCAUCCCUGUGACCCAGUGGUUUGAUCUGAUCUCGCAGGAUUACUAACAAGAAUUCCCAGUUCUAACAAUGGUCCAGAGUAUGCUGUUGUAGGAAAAAGCAGACAUUGAUGAGGAACUGAGCAGAUAUAAAACCAGCAGAGAAUGCCUGCAGAAAGGUGACAUUUUCUGAUAUCACUGCCAGUACUGCUUGGGAACUGACUGGAGCUGCCUGAUCAGGUCCACUCAAGCUGAAGAGCUCAAAUUGAGUGCUUAGAUUUACCUUGACUGUUGCCAUGGAGAUUAGCUCUUGGACUUCUCUUGGCAGAUGAGAUUGGUAAGGUGUCUGAUGGGAAUGCAGGUCACAAAUCGGGUAACCCUUUGUGUCUACACAAGAGAUGCUUUGGCUGUGGUCUGUGCACAUCGGUGUUUUGCAGAUGUUUCUAGGUAUUGUGAUUCAAGUUUCCAGUCAAUUACGUGUGUGCGUGUGUCUUUGUCUGUGAAACAGGUGACCUUCAGAACAUGUGUGUGCCAUUUGCAGAAACACACCAAUGAGCCAUUCUACUCUGCAGGGGAGUCCUUCUGCACAGCGGCCCGAAACUCUGCAGAAAUAAGAUUAAAAAGUUAUCAUACAUACUGCUUUAUUAUUAUUAUUGUUAUUAUUAUUAUUAUUGAUAGUGAUAAUUUCUCAUUACACUGUCUAUAUUUUUUGCAGUUGUUGACAAAAAUGUAAUAAAUGGCACUGAUAAAUAAGCAUUUCAUUGGUUUCGGCAUAUAUAUAUUUUGAAAAUUCGCAGUUCUGUUGUAUUUCCUUGUCUUUCUUUGUUGCUUUGUUCAGUCUUGUUUCAGACACAUCCACAUCCUCCCCAGAAGCAUCUCAAACCCCAUGGUACACAAAUCUUUUUUCAAUAUCUGUGUCCACAUGUGCCUUCUGUGCUUACCUGUAAAUUGCCGGUUUCUGAGACCAUCUGGUAUUGAAGUACAAAUGAUUUCAGUGCAUGGGUGGGGGGCAUCUUCUGGAGCGACCCUCGACACAGCUGCCAAUUCCCAGUCCUCCAAGAGCCAUGACUCUGACAAGAACCUUCCAGCAACACAGCUAGGGGGCUCAGGACUUAAUCUGUGUUGCAUUUCAGUACAGUGGAAUUAGCACUGAGAGAAUGUUUUUGGUUUAUGAGUCUGAAUCCUCUCUUUGUCGUAUGGCUUAGCAGUGGAGUAUAGAGGUCCCACCUACUGCAAUACACAGAGGCUUGACUUUCUGCUUUCUUGGGAGGGCAAUGUUAUUUGGAUUCAGAGUGUUUCGUUUGAUUAUACUUCCUCUCAGCACUA